AUGCUGCCACUUCUGGUGGUACAUGUUCUGACUUUUUAUCUCAGUCUUGGCGGUCAAACACAUCGGGCCAACGCCGAUGCCAUUUUUGGCAAACUCGAGGCACAGGUCGCCCAGGAGCUGACUCCUGCAUUGAAUCUCGUCUACAUGCUGAGCAUACAGGCAAGCAUGGGCCUGUUCAACGUCUCCGAACCGUAUGAGGCGAUCACACGGUCGCUGGCAUACACAAUUCAGGAGAGCAAGCAAAUGCAGUAUGUCAAAGUAGUCGGCGCGGCCGAGCAAAUGCUAGUGUUCCGCCCGGGAAAUCUUCACUAUGUACCAAAGGACGAGGAUGGUGAUGGCUACAUUGACAUUCUUAUCUCUGCUGAACAGAUGAAGGGGGCAGUGGAGGUGUUGCCUGACACUGCUUGCGAGGACUUGGAUCCAUUCUUUUGCUUCGAUGUGGACAUGUCCCGGCUGAAGAUGGUGGCGCUGCCUAGCCGACAGGUUACCGCCUCCUGGCUGGGCCCGGAGUUUCUGCAGAUUAGCAGCUUGGCGGUGCACUGGCUACCUGGCUUGCCAGCGUGGAAAUCGGUGCAAGCAAGCAGAACGCCAGAGUGCCAGUUCAGAAGUUGA